UUAAGUGAAUUGAAAACUCAAUUACGUGAGUACGUGUCGGGCAAUAACGAAAUCGACUUUCUCAAAUCAGUGUUGCCCACGAUAACCACUGAAGUGAUUCUCGAAACGUUCAGUGAUGCGAUCAUUAUUAUUGUGAGCACAGUUGGAAUCGUUCAUUUGCUAUUGACAAUUCUAGCUUUGUAUGGUAUUUAUGCGUGUCGCCCAAAUUAUGUGCGUCCAAUGGUCGCAGAUGCUGCCACAAGUCUCCUUUCAUUGCUAUCAUUUGUUCUUCACAGUUUGUAUUCAUGUUGGAAAGUCAAUCGACUUCCACCAACAGCUCCACGACCAUCAUCGGAUCGAUAUUUGAGGAACGUUUACAUUGGUGCAGCAUUUCUGCUCACUUAUUUCAUAUGGCUAGCAAUAACGAUUGCUGCUUAUUUGGACGUAACGAAAUUGCGUGCUGAUUUUAUGUAUUGGAUCGUGCAAGAGCGUGCAUCAAUGUAUGUGCACAACAACACGGCUGAAAAUCUAACUUCUAGCACUGAUCGCAAAUCUGAACGAUUUUCGAAAUCGCCUAAUGGAUCGAGAACAUCGAGAGCGUCGAAAACAUCAAGAGCCAGCCGCGUCUCUCAGUGCACUCCCGGAGACGUCGUCUGA